AUGACUGAAUUUAGGCCACGCACCUCCACGCACUCAACAAGGACCUCCACACGCACUCAACAAGGACCGCCACGCACUCAACAAGGACCGCUACGCACUCAACAAGGACCUCUACGCCCUCAACAAGGACCGACACGCACUCAACAAGGACCGCCACGCACUCAACAAGGACCGCCACGCACUCAACAAGGACCGCCACGCACUCAACAAGGACCGCCACGCACUCAACAAGGACCGCCACGCACUCAACAAGGACCGGACCGCCACGCACUCAACAAGGACCGCCACGCACUCAACAAGGACCGCCACGCACUCAACAAGGACCGCCACGCACUCAACAAGGACCGCCACGCACUCAACAAGGACCUCUAUGUACUCAACAAGGACCUCUACGCACUCAACAAGGACCUCCCACAGACAAGAAUUAUCUCCACAGGAAAACGGCCAGACACGUCUCCAGCACAAAUGGGGUUUCAUGCCUUCACAGGAUGUGCACCACAGGGAGAUUAUCUGAUCCCUAAAACACAUCUCAAGAUCCCUAAAACACAUCUCAAGAUCCCUAAAAUACAUCUCAAGAUCCCUAAAACACAUCUCAAGAUCCCUAAAACACAUCUCAAGAUCCCUAAAACACAUCUCAAGAUCCCUAAAACACAUCUCAAGAUCCCUAAAACACAUCUAAAAAUCCCUAAAACACAUCUCAAAAUCCCUAAAACACAUCUCAAAAUCCCUAAAACACAUCUCAAGAUCCCUAAAACACAUCUCAAGAUCCCUAAAACACAUCUCAAGAUCCCUAAAACACAUCCCAAGAUCCCUAAAACACAUCUCAAGAUCCCUAAAACACAUCUCGAGAACACCGUGUAG